GUCACCUUCCCCUUCUGUAAUUAUUCAUUUUGGCCCGGGCUCUUUUCUGCCCCCAGCUGCCGAGCAGCAUUGGCGCCGUGCCCCUAAUACAACGCGCUGAGCUCCAGGAGCACCCGCCUCGAACGAGCAUGCACCCUCUCAGCCCAGGGGACGACGUCAAGCGUGCUCUCUUCGUGGCUGGCUGCGUUUACCUGCUGCUCGGCGCUUGCGUGCUGCUCAGCUCGCUGGCGCAGGAGCUGCUGCAGCGCAUGGUGGUGCCGCUGAGACAGGCUCGAGGACCUCUCGAGACUGACUGGAAAGACGAGGGCAUGAACUCCGAUGCGCAGCAGGCGGCGCAGGAGUUUCAGAGGACAAAACUGUCCCUGAUCAAGCCGCUGCUGCCCAUCGCCCAUUUCGCCAGCAUGAUCUGCGUCGCAGCCAUGUGGUGGGGGGGCACGCUGCCGACGUCGUUUCUUCAGAACUGCAGCGCGCUCGCAAACGCCACAAUCUGGAUGGCCAUCUGGAAAUUUCCGUCCGCACUCACACCAGGCUCUGCCAACUGGAUAUACUCGGCGAUGAUGGCUAUCCUGAGCGCCACGGUGUGGCCGAUCGCUGUUUCAGCGGACGCAGUCAUGAUGUACGCCGGUGCCACCUGGGUCGUCGCUCUUGGUUUGAGCAUUGCGUUCUUGAACCCAUGGCUGAAUGCGGUCUGGAUCUUCGUCAUCAACGCGAUGUGUUGCCUCUCUUUGGUUGUUGGUCAGCGGGGUAGUGGCCAGUGUGCCAGCGCAGAUCCUCUUAGAGGGUCGCUGCAACUCUCAACAAUCUCCGUGGUCACUGUGCUGUGCAUUUUUGUUUUCGAUCGCUUGUUGUACCAACUAACGCGGCUGGAGCUGGAGGCGCAGUCCUCGCGCAACGAGCUAGGCGCUACCCAGUCCGUGCUGCGGAGCAUUUGCGACGUGGUUGUGGUGGUGGAUCACGCGCUACAGCUCAGGGAAGACUCGCCAGGGUUGCGCAACAUGCUUCUUCUUAACCAGCGCCAGUCCGUGCGGCAGGAGGACGUGCGCAGCUUCUUGGCGUCUGCCGAGGAUCGUGCCAAGUUCGACGAGCAGAUGGCGGCAGCCACGGUCGCGGGGCAGCCCGUCAGCAAACCGCCUCGUCUGAGCGUUGCGUUCCAUGUGUCAAUGAAGGAUAGCGCUGGAAUCACUCUGGAGGUUGAGCUGUUCGUGGUGGGGUUCCUCGAGGAGAACCAGCAGUUCUAUCUCGUGGGCAUCCGCGAGCAGCAGUCCGGGGAGCGUGCGGCGGAGCUCCCGAGGUAUGAGGGCAAGGCGGGACCACUCUUGCCGAACGGCCUGCCCUAUGACGAGGGAGACGAGCGAGUCCGCUCGUCCUCGUCUUUGUCUUCUGGCAGCUCGUCCGCUAGGACCCUCGAGGACGCCAACGUCAGUGCCUGCGUGGAUUUGUUGAGCCCAGCAUGGAAGAUCGAUUGUGUCACCAGCGCGUUCCAAACGCACAUGAGGCUCUCCGAGGAGGACGACGGCUUCCUCACGCUGGUGAACAUCAGCCAGAGAAAACGGCUCAUCUCCUUCGUCCAGAGUGCGUACUUCCAGCACGAGGAUAGGGUCGCUCCGGCCACGGCCACCUUGGGGGAUCCCAUCUUGCUGCGCUCGGCGUACAUGCGCCGCCGGAACCUCUGCCUCUGCGCGUCCUUGGAGCUGGACUGGUGCCCCUCCCCUUGCCCACUGUCGCAGGGCAAUCAGAUACUGGUUCGCAUGACCCUCGUCGAGAUCAGCUGGGUCAGCAGCCGUCGGUAUGGGCCCCGCGCGAUGGGCGAUGGGCACCCGCACGCCACACCCCGCUCUCUUAAGGUCUCUGCUGCUGUCCCAUCCAUCCCGCGUAAUCUAGAGGUUACGGUGUAGGGCCUUGCGUUCUAUGGUUUAGGACACAGAGCGCAGGACAUGGAGUCUGUUGAAUAAGACGAUGGGCAGUGCGGCCCCCGUCCAGGAUCUUCAGGGUGGGCAAGGCGCGGCAGAGGAGCACGGGGUCGAGGACGGGGGCCGGAGAAUGGAGACACGACGACCGUUGGCGGGCUUGUUGGCUCGUUGCGUUCCCGCUGUCCGCCCCCUUGCGCGCCUCGCACUUGUCGCUGACACGAGGCAGGCGCCCUGCUGAGUACUGUUUUGCUACCGUGGAGCGGGGGCGCUCCUAAGUAUCAGCUCCGUCGCAGUCUGCGCUCGCUCGUCGCAACCUAUCCAGUCGCCUACGGCGAAUGCACCACCGUGCCUGCGAAGCGCUCUAGGUGGCGAUGUUUCGAGCACCGCCUGGAAGGUCAUCACAUGAGACAGCUCUCGUCUCCACUUCGUGAGGAGCUCUCAUGAGGCCUAUUUGAAUCUCGGAAGGGGCGGUUUUUGGGCACGCGUGCGGCAAGGC